UUUAUAAAACAAACUCUGCUAUUGGAUAUGUUGUCCAACUGAUAAAUCCUCCAAAUGCUGUCAUUCUACCCACCCAGAAAAUGGCUGCAUCACAUUUUAUCAUAUAAUACUUUGCGAUUUAGUAUAAUAAUAGUCUGUGGAUGCCAAAAAACGUAGAGAAGGUAAUUAAUCGUGACAAACGAGAACACGUAGUAAAAAUGGUAAAAACACAAAAAUAUAAUAUAUGAUAAAGCGGGAGCAAAAAGAGAACAAAAAAUAUUACGAAUCAAAUGUAAAAAACUGCAGGUGAUUUUGAAACGAUAAAAUUUCGCGAAACUGUGACGAAUAAACGCGGCAUAUUUUGCGGCAUUAAAAGGAAUUAAAAAGGGUAUCACAGAUGACAAUAUAUUUUUGCUGAAUGUGUGAAUUAAGGUGAAUCAUAUGAAUCAUAAAUGUCAUCGUAUUGCAUUCAUGUGAUCUUAUAUGAUUGAUACAUUAUAAUCAGACAAUUCUGAUAACAACUGUGAAAGAAGAAAGAACUCCAUUGUACAUAUAUAUGUAUAUAUACAUAUAUAUUUUACUUGAAACCAGAACAUUGAGGUCGUGAUGAUUUCAAAGCUGACCAUAUUAUUGUGAGGAACACUUUGUACAUACUUGGCAAAAAGAUGAGCUGGCUUGGACGUAACAGUCCACUGCGAACGAGCUUUAGCAAGCAACGAUCCAGAAAUUCUCCGCCAAAAGAUGCCGAUCCGUCCGCAUGUUAUGACAGCUUCUGCAAACACUGGCAACAGACUUAUGAAAUUAUUCUGCAUUCUUUACCUUUGAAAGGAAUACCUAGUCAAGAUGACGUGCUUGGAGUUGUUAAUCAUAUUGAUCAAAUGGUGACAUUAUUGAUGCUGGAAUUACGAGAUUCGAAUUUACAUAAUCACUAUCAGCAAAGCAAUACUGCGACGCAUUCUCCAUGUUUAGAACAUUUAUUAAGUGAAAAUUUACUUGUUAAACUGUACGAUUGGAGCGUACAUACAGGAAGAUUUAAUAAUGCUGUAAGAUUGGAACAAAUAAAGCUUUAUGAAUUGCUCAUUUCGCACAGUAAUACCCUUCUUGCACAUGAACCAGUUACUAGACCACUCUUACGAUUAUUACAAGAAUGCGCAAAUGAUAUUAUGCCAUUAGAAGUAGAAAAAAAAUUAGUAGUAUUGUUGAAUCAGUUGUGUGUUGUCUUAAUGCAAAAUAUGGCUUUACUUGACUUGUUUUUUCAACCAAAUGCAAUUGGAAAGAACAAAUUUAUUAUAUUCAACUUAUUAAUACCUCAUAUUCAUCGAGAGGGUGGUGUUGGUCAGCAAGCACGUGAUGCUAUGUUAUUAUGUAUGUCGCUGUCAAAGAAGAAUGAUGAAGUUGGAUUAUACAUUGCUGAUCAAUCUAAUAUAUGUCCCGUACUAGCUACAGGAUUGAGCGGGCUAUAUUCUUUACUUCCAAGGAAACUUGGCAUUGAAACAGAUGAUUGGUAUCAAUUGACACCAGAUGAUGUGAAUGACUUACCUGCACUUAUGCAACUCAUGAAUUCUCUAGAAUUCUGCAAUGCAGUUGCACAAGUGGCACAUCCAAUGGUACAGAAACAGUUGCUUGAAUUUUUAUACCAAGGUUUUUUAGUUCCUGUUAUGGGUCCAGCAUUAUUACAGGAUUCUCUUGGCUUGACCCUAGAACAGCUAGAUGUACAACAAUAUUGGACGACUGUGGAAGAAUUAGUCGCAGCGACAGCUUAUUUUGACUUAUUUCUUCGAUCUGUGACUGAUCCUGGCUUAUUACGAUCAUUUAUUAGAUUUUUACUAGAAGAUAAUUAUGAUGACUGUAGAAUAUUGGAUAGUUUGAUACAAAGGAUUUCUUCUCGAUCAAGGUUAUGCAUAGUCACUCUGGCAUUGUUCGAAACUCUGGUCAAUUUAAACUGCGAAGAUAUCAUGUUAGAAUUAUGUUUGAGUGCAUUAAGUCCGUGUUCGCAUAUAAUGCUCUCCCAACGUAGUCGACUGAGAGAUAUAGAUCCUUUUGGACGUGCUGCGGAAAAAUUUUUAUCUUUAACUCCAUAUUGCUGCACUACUGUAUUUACAUCAUUAGAUUCUCAAACAAAUUCUUUACCUAGCACUACAUCAUGUUCGAAUGAAAAAUAUGGAUAUAUCGCAAUUGACCCAAUGAAAUCGCUACCGACAUCAAUAAAUUAUGGCACGAAAUUAUCAGAUAGUUUAUAUGGAAAUUAUCAUGCAUAUCUUUGUGAUGCCAGACAAAAAAUAAAAGCUUGCCGUAUUGCGUGUUCUAACUGGUCUUCUCGAUACGAUGGUGACUUAUCAGAAAGUAAUAAUACUAACAACGUAACUACAUUGUCAAAUGAAAGUGUUACAUCUAAUCAAUCACAGAAGAAAACAGAAGAAUCUAGAAUAUUACCGCUGGAAAAAACAAUGAAGAAUGUAAUGAGUUCGUGCGAAAAUGACGAGAGCGGGUUAAUAGACAAUGUAUUAUUUAAUUUUCAGUGUUUAUUAGAAGGGAAAGAUUUAAAUAGCAAUGAACAUAAUAUUAAAAAUGAAUUGACUACAGAUACCGUAUUGUCUCUUGAUGAACAGAUACAAUUGGAUGCUGAUAUUGCGGAAUUAUUAAAUGAAGAUAUUGGAGUGACAAACUAUGUGGAAGAAACUUGUUUAGAUAAAAAGGAGUCUGAUAGCUGUAUAGAUGAUUCAGCUGCAACAAUGAAUUCGCUCAUGUCAUUAGGAGAGAGUAGCGGUUACGAAAGUUUUGCAUUUAAAGGAUCGCCGGAGUCAACGCCGGAUAAUGAGACGAAUGAAAAUCAAAUGAAUGAACACGAAGAAAUGCAUAUCAUAAUUAAAAAGGAGACUAAUGAUAUCGCUGGACCUAAUGUUACAAAAUCAGAUUCUUUGACAACUGAAAAAACGUCAUUGAGUAAAUCAAAUAAGAAUAAUAUUUCGUGCCGGCAAGAUAUAUUUAAUGGACAGCCAAACGUUGGCAUAUUUUUAGAUGUAGUCUUACGAAAGCUUGAAUGUAUGACUAGCAAUAACUUGUAUGUCAAUUUACAUCUCACAGGUCUUAUUAGUAGACUGGCGAUAUAUUCGCAACCUUUAUUGCAAUCCUUUCUGCUGAAUCAUUCUCUUGUGUUUCAACCUAGCAUCAGAUCUUUAUUUCAGGUGCUUGCAUCAUUAAAACACAAAAUAGAUCAAUUUCUCUCGAAAUACAGUAAUGUUGAUUUAUUAGUUGAACAAGCAAGAUUAUUUUUGAUAAGUCGAGAAGACAAGCUAGUAAAUGCAAGAAAAAAUGCAUUAGAAGCUGCUGCUCAAUCUUCAUUUGUUAAAAAGCAUUCUCUAACUGGUGAAUCAUUUUCAAGAGUAUUUAAAAAACGGGAACCGAAAAGAAGAAGCUUAACAUUAUCAUUUACACAAAUGUUCAAACGAUCGAGUAAUAGCUUAGGUAUAAGCAGCUUAACAAAUUCUAUUAGUCAGCCGUCCAAUAUAUCGGAAGAUCAGUUACAAAUGGUUGGCUCUGGAUAUAGAUAUAUGAAGACUUCAUGGGAAUCACCAAAUGAAGUGAGUCCAGUGCAGAAUGUUGUUCUAUGUGCUGUUAUAUUAGAUGAGUGGCUUAAAGAACUCGCAGCAAUAACUCAGGAACAUGCUAUUAUGUCUCUUACAGAUGGUAUUGGAUUUAAAACUUAACAUGACUAUAUUUUUUAAACAGUAAUAAUACAGUAAUAUAUAUUCUUAAUUAUAACAUGUAAAUAUUUAUAACAACAGUACA